GGAGAGGCAAAAAGAAUUUAAGAUUUAUCUUUUUGCCUCAUAGAUCAAAGCCAUGUUUCUUUUAAGCAAAGUGAAAUAGAACAAAAUUGAAUUGAUUAAAGAUGAAAUUAAAUGGAUUUAAACGAGGUUCUCAAGAGGGCAAGAAGCAACGUCGAUUUAUAACUAUAAAGAUGAGUGACGGAAAUGUUGUUCUUGUGACCGGAGGCUCCGGACUAGUUGGUCAAGCAAUAAAGACAGUUAUAGAGCGCGACAGACAGAAACGAAAUAGUGAUUAUGAUAGUGAGACGUGGAUAUUUAGCGGUUCCAAGGAUGGCGACCUCCGAGAUAAAACUCAAACAGAAGCUCUAUUUGCUAAACACAAGCCUACCCAUGUAAUACAUUUAGCGGCAAUGGUUGGGGGACUGUUUCACAAUAUGGCACACAAUUUGGAUUUCUUUAGAGAGAAUAUGUCAAUAAAUGAUAAUAUUCUACAAGCGUGUCACAAAUAUAAUGUAAAGAAGGUUGUAUCUUGUCUCUCGACAUGCAUAUUUCCUGAUAAGACAACAUAUCCUAUUGAUGAGACUAUGGUACACAAUGGUCCACCUCAUAGCUCCAAUUUUGGAUAUAGCUAUGCCAAAAGAAUGAUUGACGUUUUAAAUCGAGGAUACAAUGAGUCUUAUGGUUGUAUGUUCACCUCAGUUAUUCCUUGUAAUGUGUUUGGGCCAUACGACAACUUCAGUUUAGAAUCCAGUCAUGUAAUACCGGCUCUUAUAAGGAGGAUGGAUGAUGCUAUGCAAAAAGGUGAUCCCACGUUCACAGUGAUGGGAAGCGGCAAACCACUGCGACAGUUUAUUUAUUCAUUAGAUCUAGCCGAGCUGUUCAUUUGGGUCCUCAGGAACUACAACAGUAUCGAACCUAUUAUCUUAUCAGUUGACGAAAAAGACGAAGUAACGAUAAGCAGAGUGGCGGAGAUGAUUAAGCGAGCCCACGGAUACGGCGGAGAUAUUGUCUAUGACACGACCAGAGCCGACGGCCAGUACAAGAAGACCGCGUCCAACACUAAACUCAGAACUUUGUAUGAAGAUUUCGAAUUUACGCCAUUCGAUAAAGCCAUAGACGAGACUGUCAAAUGGUUUAAAUUGAAUAAAAAUAGCGCUAGACUAUAAAGAUAAUUGCCAUAUUUUUUUGUGUGCCUUUUUGCAUGUUCUCCGAUACGAUAAAAGACCCACGCAAUGUAAAGAAAAAAAACCAAUCCAAUUAUUAAACAGCAUUAUAACUUGUAGUUUUAGUAAACUUAGAGCUUAGUAGUACCUACGUUAUUUGAUCAUUGAAAUUGUUUUAUACGUGUGCAAACAUUGAACACAUGACAAAAAGAUUACAAGAGGCCGCUUGUUUGAGGUUUGUUGAAUUAACAUAAGAAUUUACAAGAAAACCAACGAGUAUUCAUGUUUAGUUUACAAAAUUAUUAAGCUAUUGCAUAGCUUUUAUCGCGAGAUUUGAGCACGGCGACCGAAUCAAGGAAUUCCGUAACGCAAAUAAAACCUAACACCCCCCACUCCGCCUACCGUGUAGCUCGCUCACACAUUCACACAUUGCGCUUGUGUAGUGUUUGUGAAUAAGCGCGCGGCGUGACGUCGCACUGCACGCGCAUCAUGAAAAGUCUGCACAUCUCCCUCGCGCGGUCUAGCUUAUGAGUGUGAAGGGGACAGUUAAUGUUUUGCUUUUGUUAAUGUUUAUAAAUAUAGCGUGGCCUUAUUUUAUUAUUGUAUUAAUAUUAAUUUUUUUUAUUUAUUUUUUUAUUGCUUAGAUGAGUGGACGAGCUCACAGCCCACCUGGUGUUAAGUGGUUAUUGGAGCCCAUAGACAUCUACAACGUAAAUGCGCCACCCAUCUUGAGAUAUAAGUUCUAAGGGUCUCAAUUAUAGUUACAACGGCUGCCCCACCCUUCAAACCGAAACGCAUUACUGCUUCACGGCAGAAAUAGGCGGGGUGGUGGUACCUACCCGUGCGGACUCACAAGAGGUCCUACCACCAUUAUUAUCUAAUUAUAAUUGCAUAAGUUGAUAAAAAAGCUAUGCAAUAGCUUUACCGCGGCAGUCCCCGAGUGCCACGUGUUUUUUUUUUCAUUAUAGUUUUUGACGCAAAAAAUUCCAAAUUACAAUUUACAAUGAUAAUUAUUUGCCUCGUCCUUAAAGGUAAAGUUAAAAGUGAAAGGUCCAGAAGGUCCACGGGCAUGAAUUAUGCGCGAUAAUAUUAAAACAAUUUCAACUUUAUUAAUUUCAUAUAAAUUUUGCACCAUUAAGUUAAUAACCUAUUAUUAUGUAUCCUAAGCAUUAAAUAUAACAAAACUCAAUUUAAUCUGCAAAUUAUUUAUUAUUAAAAUAAACAAUACGAAUAUGAAAAUGUACAAUAAAAAAUAUUACUAAAAUGUU